ACUGAUCCCCAGCGCUGACCAGCAAUGCCAUCAGCCAUGGAGGGCACAGACGGGGGAGAAGACGGGGAUGUCUCACGCUACGAGGAAACAGAAGACAACAAUGUCAGCCCCACGGACCUGUCGGAGCUGCUGAAGGAGGGCACCAAGGAAUCCCACGACCGUGCCGAGAACACUCAGUUUGUCAAGGACUUCCUGAAAGGACGGAUCAGGAAGGAGCUCUUCAAGCUGGCCACUGUGGCACUGCACUUCACCUACUGUGCCCUGGAGGAGGAGAUGGAUCGCAACAAGGACAACCCCGUCUUUGCCCCUCUCUAUUUCCCCACGGAGCUUCACCGGAGGGAAGCCCUGGCCAAAGACCUUAAAUAUUUCUAUGGAGAAGACUGGAAAGAGAAGAUCCAGUGUUCAGAGGCAACUCAGCAAUAUGUGGACAGAAUCCAUCACGUGGGACAGCACGAGCCAGAGCUGCUGGUGGCUCACGCUUACACCCGCUACAUGGGGGACCUCUCAGGUGGCCAGGUGCUGAAGAAGGUGGCCCAGAGGGCCCUGAAGUUGCCCAGUACUGGGGAAGGGAUCCAAUUCUACGUGUUUGAGAACGUUUCCAAUGCCCAGCAGUUCAAGCAGCUUUACAGAGCAAGGAUGAAUGCUCUGGACUUGGACAAGAACACCAAGGAAAGGAUCGUGGAAGAGGCCAACAGAGCCUUCAGAUUUAACAUGCAGGUGUUUGAUGAGCUGGACAAGAUCGGCAGGUCGCUGCCAGAAGCAGCCCAGGACGGAGGGUUCCCGGUGCACGACGGAAAAGGAGACAUCCGCAAAUGCCCGUACUACGCAGACAAACUGGGCGCAGCAGGGCCCGGCUGCCCCUUCCACGCCGUGGUGGGUCUGGCCAGGCAGCCCCUCGUGCAGCUGGUGCUGGCGGCCUGCGUGGCAGUGGCAGCAGGAGCUGCAGCCUGGUACAUCCUGUGACUGGCACGGCGUGGGGGCCAGGGGAGACGCGUGCCCUGUCUGUUCUCAGACCCUUCCCUUGCUGGUGGUGAGUUGGCUGCAGAGCUGGAGUGAGGAAAUAAACAGGAAUCCCGCGGGACUGUCCAAGCCUCCUUGCACACCGCUGUAAUAUGAUGUCUUUAGCUGGCUAGUGCCCAGGACUGGUCGGUGUGAGGGGUGAGGAUUCCACUGCAGCACUGCCCUGCCCUGCCUUGCCCUGCCCAGGCUGGGGCAGCUUUGAAGGCUAAAGAUGUCCUGUCCUGUCCUGGCAAAGGCUUCACGUGCUUGGCUUUUCAUCUCCAUUCCCGGGGCAGUGUCUGGAGGGGGUUUCCUGCCCUGGGCUGCAUCCCCAGAAUGUGUCAUCAGCCUCUUCAGCAGCGAGGCUUUCCCACCCCGAGAAGCUGAGGCUGUGCUGUGGGGCUGUUACCUCAGAGGACUGUCCUGUUGGGUGUGCUGUCCCCGUGCCCCACUCUGACUCCUGGUGGAGGGAGCACCCUGGGGAUGGGGGCAGGACCCGAUGGAGGGGACAGAUGUGUAUUGUGCAACUUUGGGGUUGAGGGUUGGUUGUUGGUUAUUUUUCCUGAAGCCUUGACUGAAAUAAAAAGUUGCAAUGCUAUA